UAUCAAAAUUUUACUCACAAAAAUUGCUCGUGAAACAGAGGCCAAUACCUAUUCCAAUAAUAAAAUCGCUACCUAACCAUCACCGAAUUCUCUUUUAAAAAUUUUCUCGAAUAAUCUAGAAUUACCCACAAAAAAAACACACAUAACAAACUUCGGAGCCAGAUGACAAGUGAGUAAGAGCUAACCACACCUCGGCUCCCCCCUCAACCGGAGAGGGUAUUCGGUUUUCCAAUAUCUCAUACCCUCAUUCCACGAAGAUACUCAUUCGGCAGCUUAGGGAGCACGAUAAACGAGGGAAGGGUCAGUUGGCCCCCCAUGAUGUCACAUGGUCCCACAAUUUCACUUAUUAAACACGACAAUCUCUCUCCUCAGCUUCUCUUCUCAUUUUUCGCGGGUUUACUUCAUUUUGAAAAAUUUUUGAAACCGAUUCAUCGAGAUUUUCUUCUGCAACUGAAGAUAAUGAAAGCAAUUGAGAGUAGAAUUUCUGAGAGAAGUAAUUUGACAAAGAAGAAUCAAAAAUUUGAACCAGUAUCAGUAAUGAAGAAGCUCCGAUCAAAGAUUCCUCGUAGAAAACGUUUCCAGAUCUCUCCAAUUCUCGGUGAAUCUUCUUCGAAUUCUUUAUACAGAGUAGAAAAGCGUAAACCAAACGAUGAGGUAUCAUCAGUGUUGAUUCCAGAUGAGAUUUCGUGUACAUCAAACUUGAUUUCAGUUGGAUCUGAAACACUUCAAGAGUUUAAACUGUCUCUCAAGCAGCAGCAGCAGAAGAAGAAACAAGUUGUGAUUUCUGAAACUGAGAAUUGUUCCGAUGAUAGGAGAAUCAUCAAUAGAUAUUGCUACAAACGGAAGGAGAUUGAAGCAACAGCAACGGAGAAGGUAUCAGAAUCUAAUUCUUGUGGUGUAGUAUUCUCCGGCGAUGAGUUUUCCGGGAGAAAAUGGAAAAGUAGAGCUCGUAAAGUUGAUGAAAAUGAUGAAGGAGGUAAUAAUCAUAAUGUUUCUGAAGCAAUCUCUUUCUCUGAAACUUCUUGUAUUCAAUCAGUUUAUUCUUCGAUUAAAAACUCAAGGAAAAAUUUCAAAUCGGAGGAGGAAUUUACUAGUAAUGAUUCUUCUGUUAAGAAAGCAAAGGUGGAAAUUCAAGGAGGUGAUGGUAUUUCAGAGAUCUUUUUUGUUCCAAAAUCUAAUUCCGAACCGAAAAAUGAAAAUCAAUUCGACGGCGAUGAAAACAGAGCUCCGGUGGCGUCAAUUUCAGAUUUGUCGAAUUUGAAAUUCGCCGAUUCAGAAUCAACAGCGAUCAAUCAAAAACCUGAAGACUGUGAAUCAGACUGUGAACUCAUUUGUUCUGAAGAUUAUUCUUAUGACGCUGAAGAAUCAGAUUACUCAAAGACAAUUUCCGAUCUAGAUUCUGAAUUCUCAGAUUACGUUGGAACAUCACUUUACGAUUCUGAAUCUCAAACUGAUUUUUCUCAAGGAUCAGAUCUAAAUCCGACUGCUUAUUACUCAUUUCUUACUGAAUACUCGAAGGAAUUCUCCAGAUUAAGCUCUGUAGCAUCUUCAGAUUGCAAAAUCUCUUCACAGAUCCACAAAGACUAUUCCGAGAAACUCACUUAUUUGAAAUUUGAAGAUGAAAAUGAUGAAGAUAGUUACAUCAAAUUCAGGAGCAGAGAAAGAAAUCAUGUGAUUCUUAAAGAUUACUUCGAAGAUUAUUACACAACAACAGCCUACGGAGAUUUUCUUCUUCAAGAGAGGCAAGCAAUUCUUAACUGGAUAAUCGAUGAAUCAGGUCUGAGGGAGCUCAAUUUAGAGACAGUGUUCUUAUGUGUAAGCCUCAUGGACAGAUUUUUAAGCCAAGGCUUCUUCAAAACCAAAAGGAAGCUUCAACUGCUUGGAAUUGCUUGCCUCACCUUAGCCACAAGAAUCGAAGAAAAUCAGAUGUACAACUGGUAACUAUUAUUCACCAUUUUGGCAUGGAC